AUGAAUGUUGCGUUCCGGGAACAAGAGAGCUAUUUUUCGGAUGCACUGGAGGAUUCUUCUCAAAAUUCUGAAUUUUUUACUUCAGCACUUUUUCUAGAUUCGUUCGAUUUUUUCCCUUCAGCCGGGUUUCCAAAUUCGUUCCAGACUCAGAACGACCGGUCGCCGACCUCUAGCGACCGGUCGCCCGACGAAAAUGACCGGUCGCAUGUCUCUCACGAUCGGUCCCCACGCACGCCAACGACUCUACCUAAAAGCGACCGGUCGCAUGCCUUUCACGACCGGUCGCCACGCACGUCGCAACGUACCGAGACUCUGCCUGAAAGCGACCGGUUGCAUGGCCCCCACGACCGGUCGCCACUAACGUCGCAAAGCACGACUCCGCAUGAAGGCGACCGGUCGCUUGACCCUCACAACCGGUCGCUCCCCCCAGUUUUUUCUGAAAUUGUUCCGCUUCAGUCCGAUCCCAGCCAUCACACUCAGGAGGAGGGAAUUGAAGAGUUUGUGCCUGCUCCGGAGAAUUCUUCAGCUCCAGUACCACACCAAUCAUCUGCUGAGGACGUCAUUCAGGUAACUUCUCUACCUGAAACUGAUAACAUUAAUGAAAUAACUGAUUGCAUUUCAGAAGGCGCAGAGCCUACAUAUCAAAUUCCAAAAAGGAAGAACCGUGGGGAAAUAUCCCAUCAACAAUUGUUUAAGCCAUCAUCUCCAACUCCUCACCACCUUAGAAGUUUGGGCCUCUCUGGUUUUGAUCAGUUUCAACCUGAUAUUCAUAUCCCAUUAAUUCUCUUCUAUCCCAACAGUAGUGAUGAGAUCGAUAAUUUUGAUCAUCAUUCUUUGUUUGCUGAAAAAUCCAAGCUUCUAAAGAAAUCGUUAUCUGAAGCCCUCACUCGAUUCUACCCCUUUGCAGGAAAAUUCGAAUAUAAUGUUUCCAUCUGCUGCAAUGAUCAUGGAGCUGCCUUUCUUGAAGCUCAAGUCAAUUGUCCCAUAUCAAAGAUUUUGGACAAACCUGAAUUUUCGAACCUAAAUCAAUUGCUUCCAGCUGCUAUAGGAGCCAAACAAGCAGAAGCAGGCUAUCUUCUACUAGUUCAGGCCAACUUCUUUGAAUGUGGUGGAUUGGCAAUUGGGGUCAGCAUCUCACAUAAGGUCGCUGAUGCCUCAACAUUCAGCACAUUCAUCAAAAGCUGGGCUCAAAUUGCCCUUGGCUCAGCCAGCAUUACCGAUCAAGUCGUGCUUCCUGCAGAAUUUGGUGUUACAGCUUCUCUAUUCCCACUCCAAGAUUUCUUCAACUCACCCCAACCCACCGUGCAUUUUCCUAAAGAGAAAUGUAUAACACGGAGGUUUGUGUUUGAUGCCUCAAAUAUUGCUGCUCUCAAGGCCAAAGCGACCAGUGCCAUAGUGCCAAAUCCUACACGAGUUGAAGCAGUGUCGGCGCUGAUUUGGAAAUGCGCAAUGGAAGCAUCAAGAUUGAAUUUGGGUUUUAAAAAGCCAUCAGUGUGUUGUCAAGCAAUGAACAUGAGGAAAAGAUCAUCAGGGCAGGCCUUUGCAGAAAAUAUAUUGGGGAAUUUUGUGUGGUGCUUCACGGCAAUGGCCUUAGAGAGUGAAUUUGAUUUCGAAAGUUUGGUUGCUAAACUCAAAAAAAGCCUUGAGGAAUAUAGAGAAAAGUAUCCAAAUGGAGUUAAUGGUGAUGUUGUAUUGCAAACCAUCAAAGAGUCUGGUAACCUAGCAAGGGAUGAUGUUGAAACCUAUAUGUGUACCAGUUGGUGCCGGUUUCCCUUCUACGAAACCAAUUUUGGUUGGGGAAAGCCGUCAUGGGUGAGCAUCCGUAGCAUUGAAAUCAAGAACAUGGUCGCAUUGAUGGAUAUGAGUGACGGCGUGGGCAUAGAAGCGUCAUUGACUUUGAAGAAAGACGACAUGGACAUGAUUGAAAGUAGUAAGGAGUUGCUUGCAUAUGCAACCCUGAACCCGGCGGUGAUUUAG